CACACGUCCGACUUCUAGGCUACUAUGUAAUCAUCUAACUUCUACCCCUUAUGUCGGCCUGGAAAAUACAAACAAAUCUAGUUAACAUAAUCUACAUUGAGUCAGAUAUAAUGUCUGACAAGUGUAUUCGUUGAUCUCACUUGCAAAAGCGACGCGACAUUCACUUCACAAUAACUUUUAAGAGCAGCCGUUGCCCAUUGCGCCAUCUCAUGUUGCGUUGGAUAUCCACCUAUCAUUUAAAUAUUGUGUCUGCGGAAACGUAUAGCCUAUUACCUCCAACCAUCUAGAAACUAGGCUACUACGCUCCAGCGGGAGGGGCAUUUUUGCGCUAAAGAGAUCGGGCGUAGGCAUUGGCAAAUAAAUAUUACCCCACGCAGAAGGAAGGUAGUCGACCUGGGAAUCAGGACAGUCGUACUCACGCGCAGAGAUGCCACACAAAAAAAGAAGUCAUGGACAUCACAAAAAGAACAAGGAGUCGCAGCCCAGCCAGACCACUCCCACUCCUGCGGCUCAGGUCACCACUGUGAAGCCUUCACAGUUUGAGACUGCACGCGCUGCGGCUAACCGCGGAGUUGCUGGCGCUACUUCUAUUGACAUGUCCUCUCCCGGCACGACCAUUGUUGACAUGUCAGCCCCGGCAAGGGGCAGCACUAACACCGCAUCCAAGACUCCACCGGUCUCACAAGUGAAAGCCACAGCUGCUGCUACACCUUCUCCGCCCUCUGGCGCUGCCAGAGCCACGAUGUCUGCAGGGACAGCAGCAUCUUCAGCCCAGGCUAAGCCCCCUGCUAAAGAGCCUGCCAAGAGCGCUGCACCCACCGCCAAGCCACCAGUCAGAGACACGCCUAAAGCUGAUCCUGCCAAAGCAGCCAAGCCAGCUGGGGCUGUAACCCCAGCUGCUGCUGCUGCUGCUGCAGUGGGAGUGUCUGGGAAGGGGAAGCCGGAGGUGGCAAAGCCUGCACAGAAGGUGCAGGUGGAGGUCGCACCCCCGAGAGCCAAGGCUGCCAAAGAGGCACCUGCUCUGGACCCCUUCGAUGCCCUGGCCAGCAGCCUGCCCACUGUCGGACCCGUAAAGCCAGAGCCUGUUUACACUGGCCCAGAGGUCCACGAGCAUGGGGUCACAGCCGAGAAGGGGGUUCUGUGUGGAGAGAGAGAAGACACACUGCCUCCCAAUUACAGAUAUGAAAACAUGCCCACUGCCCCAGACGUCAAGCCAAAGGACGUGCCGAAACCCAUGAGCACUGACGAGGCCCUGGACUCCCUGAGCUUCGGCUUCGCGCCGCCCCCCCGCGCCCCCCCGCAGGCCCCCCAGGAGAAAAUGGAAAGUGUGGAUGCCAUCGAUGCCCUGUCCGCGGGAUUCUCUAACUUCGCCCCUCCUCCCCCUGCUUCUGUCAAGAGCCCAGCUCCCCCUGUGGACAAGAAGGCCAAGAUGGACGCCAUCCCCGAUGACUUCUCUCUGAUGGGCGCGCUUUCCUCCCCGCCUCCUCCUCAGAAGUCUGCUGAGCCAAAGCUCAAGGUAGAGUCACCUGCUGCCCCAGUGCUCAAGGAAAAGACAUCGGCUGCCCCAGCAGUCAAGGCACAGGCCCCUGCUGUCCCAGUAGCCAAGGCACAGGCCCCUGCUGUCCCAGUAGCCAAGGUACAGGCCCCUGCUGUCCCAAUAGUCAAGGCACAGGCACCUGCAGUCCCAGUAGCCAAGGUACAGGCCGCUGUCCCAAAAGAAACCAAGGUCGACUCGUUUGAUGAUUUCUCUCUGGACCCCUUUGCUGCUCUUGGAGACACCCUGGGAGCUCCAGAACCGGUGCAUGAACUUCCUGAGCUCAGACCUGAGGACAUUGUUUCGGAGGCCAAACUGACGGUGGAAGAGGGCGUGCGGACGGGAGUGAGAGAUGACACCCUUCCUCCAGAGUACCGCUUCUCCGAAGCCAAGCUCAAAGACCUGCCGGCCCCCAAACCAGAGCCUUCCUUGGCCCCUGGGGAGGCCCUUGACUUCUUGUCCGGGGACUUCGUGACUCUCCCCGCAGCAGCUCCUGUCGUCCAGGCCCCCGUUUUGGCCCCCUCAGCCCCGCCCGCACAGGUCACGGUGGAGGACCUGUCAGCGCUGGACGCCCUGGACGCCCUUUCUGGAGAUUUCAUGACCCAAACAAAGACCACUUCUGUCCAGGCCCCGCUCCCAUCCCUGGCCAAGAAGACCCCAAAAGUAAACAAGGAUUCAGCCAAGCCCAACACCACUGUUAAGGUCGCCUCCCAGAAACCAGUCGAGGAUGACUUCUCUCUGGACCCCUUCGCUGCCCUAAGUGACACCCUGGCAGCCCCGGAGCCGGCCCCUGAACCCCCCAAGCUCAGGCCUGAGGACAUUGUCUCAGAAGGAAAAGUGAUUUCCGAAAAGGGCGUGCGGGUGGGAGAGCGGGAUGACACCCUCCCUCCAGAGUAUCGGUUGUCAGGAGACAAACUGAAAGACCUGCCGGCCCCCAAACCGGAGCCUACCAUGAACACAGGUGACGCUCUGGACAUCUUGUCGGGAGACUUCCUGAGCCCAUCCCUGGCUCCUGCUGUACAGGCCCCCGUCUGCAGCCUCCCAAAGCCUCCGGCCUCUGCAGAUUUUGACGCUCUGGAUGCCUUGGCGGGGGACUUUGUCACCAACGCUGUCGUCGCACCUGCAGUCAAGUGUGCCACCAGUCAACCCACACAAAUCUCUCGCCAGAUGUCGGAGGGAGACACCAGUGCCAUGGACGCCCUGUCAGACUCCCUGAUGGACAUCACCCCUGUGCCAGAGCCUGCCCCCCUGCCUAUGAAAGACAUUGCCAAGGAGAAGAAGGUGGUGGAGGAGAGGCUGAUCCUGAUGGGCGAGGACGACAGCACGUUGCCCCCCGAGUACCGGCCCACCGAGGAGGACAUCAAGAUGGCAGCGGCUGAGGCCAAGAAACCCAAGGAGAAACCCAUGGGUGACGCUGCCGCCCUUGAUCUGCUGUCCGGUGACUUUCUUCAGGCUCCCAGCGCCCCUGCAGCCGCUGUUGCACCCGCCGCUGCACCCGCCGCUGCACCCGCCGCUGCACCCGCUGCUGCAGCCGCCGUUGCACCCGCCGCUGCACCUUGUUUUGUAGCCCCCCCAGCGACGCAGCCAUUAGUGCCCGACACAGAGCCCCUGAAGCCCAUGGCUGGGUCGGCCCUGGACUCCCUGGCUGGUUCCCUGCUCCCUGACGCCAUUAAGACCACAUCUAAGGGGGAAAAGCCCAAGAAAACAACAGGGCCUUCCCUGGACUCUUCAUCUGGGAACGCAGACGCUCCUGGAGCCAAGAGCAAGGGGGAGAAGGCCCAGGGCAAGAGCAAGUCACGGUCAAAGUCAAAAAAACACCAUGCUGAUGAUCCAUCUCCCAUUGACCAGCUCGCCUGUGAUUUCCGCACAGAUGUUAUGUCUGCGAAGAAGGGCGGCAAAAGCUAGACCACUUGAGUCAUGCUGCAAUUAUUCUACCCUUUACCGCGAUUGUGGGAUCGACACUCUAGAUUAUAAAUCUAUUUUUCUAAGUGAUGGAGAAUGUAUACUGGACAGCAGAACCCUAUGCCUACACAGCAUGCUUACCCCCUGACACACAAACAUACACACACACACACACACAAACACAAUUGUAAACACCCUUACACAUACAUACACAGACAGACACAACACUGUGUGCAACGCCUUACCUGCUUAUUUUCAUGUGUAUUAAGAAAACAAGAAGAUUGACGAUUUACUUCCCCUUUGUGUGCAAUUUGAUAAAAACUGAAAUGAAUGAUAGCCAGAGAACGUUGGCCUAAAUUAGAUGAGUUGGGACGGUUGAUAUAUGAGGGCGAAGGGAUGGUGAGGAUUUUAUAGGGGAAGUAUUUUUUUCAAAGAAAACAAAAAAAUGUUUUGAUCGUCUGUCGGUCCAUCUAUACAAAGUCAGGCGAUGCCCAUCAGCAUUGGGACCGGGCACCACAGCUGCUGGUGCCACCAAAAACAAACUAAAGCGCCUCGAUGCCAUGGUGAUGCGGCGAAGUCUCCAUGUCAGAGAGGGGGCGGUAAGAGCCUUCAGCUGGGGUGAGAGAGUGGCCUCUAGUGGUGUGUAUAGGGUGUGCAACCUGAAUGCGCACAGCCAAGUAGCCCAGUUAUUAUGUGGUUGAACGCAAUUGAGACACUAGUGUACAGCUUACUUUGCUUAAAUAUAUUGAUGGAUAACAUUUAGUUUACAAUAUUAAAGACAAAUUUAUGAAAAAAAAAAAGGGUUUACAGGAUGUGGUCUGCUUGAUUCUGUUCCUGAGAACGUUGUGUGAAUGCUGUUCAUUUUCUGUAAAGCAAUAAUAUCCCGUGAGAGGUGUGUGUGUGUGUGUGUGUGUGUGUGUGUGUGUGUGUGUGUGUGUGUGUGUGUGUGUGUGUGUGUGUGUGUGUGUGUGUGUGUGUGUGUGUGUGUGUGUGUGUGUGUGUGUGUGUGUGUAUACUGCUUUGGAGUAAAAUCCUAUCUGUAUUCAAAAGUGCACUUAGAACCAAGGUAGUUAGAAACUCUACACACUGCCUUAGUUUUUAUACUGUAGUAAAGGGAGAGAUGUUGUUGUUAAUAUACCACCACUGUAUCGUUCACUGGGUCCAAUCCCAGCUGAUGUUCAGGAGGUUCCUUGUCGAAUAUGUCAGUUUAAACCGGCUUCUCCAGGGAAAACGAUAUGUUGAGAAAGAUGGAGGGUAUUAUAGAAGGGAAAACUAAUGCUGGAUCUGUGUCUGGAUUAGAUGUCAUUAUAUAAUCCAGACACAUACACAAUUGCAAAAAAACGAUUCAGAUUUACUAAUUUAGAUUCAGCAUUAGUUUCCCACUCUAAAAUAGGCUCCAUGCUCCCCAAAAUAAAAACGAAUCAAUAAAAUACACCCCCCCCCCAAAAAAAUUUGUAUGCUAAAAGAAAAAAUGGUAUGAACAAAUGCCAAAUAUAUUUUAGCGACAGGAUAGAGUAUGCUGUUUUUAUUGUGCAGGGAAAUAGCAGUACACCCAGCAGGUAUACGGUCUCUUUGUCUUUGGGCUCCGUGGUAUUUCACUGUGCAUAUUUCUAUAAGCCCACUUCCUUUUGACUCGUGGGGGCUUCAGUUUCAAUUAUCCUUGCUUAAACUUUCUGUCUAAAACCUUUACAAUUCUGUGCCACACCUCUGGAUGACUGAUGAUGGGAUUUCAAAAACGUGGGUUUGAUGUGCAUAAAACCAAAUGUAUGUGUUUGAAAAUAUAAGAAUAAACAUUUGUUCUCACAA